CAGUGUAAGUAAGUAAUUCUUGGGAAAUGCAUCCGUUUGUUUUUUGUGAAUUUCAUUUAAAUACGAUGUUGUUUAGCUGAUAAAAGUUUGUUUUGCUAGCUUAAUAAUUAAAGGUUAAUUGUUUGGUGGAAGUGUAUUCGAUUAGUUUGUCAUAAGAGAUCGUGGUUGUUUUAAAAAAGGUGCUCCCAUCCUCCGCAGUCGUAAGUCGUAACUCAUAACUUCCUGCUUGAGAUGCUACCUUUUCUAUCUUUUCUACACGUGAAUUAACAUAAUAGGAUGGAGUCAGGCACGGACUGGCUUUGUGAAAUUCUCCAACAUGUCCAACUGGAACAGUUUUAUUUACCAAUCAGAGAUCAGUUGCAGAUCACAAGAUUAGCUCACUUUGACUAUGUGCAUGCAGAAGAUUUGGAGAAAAUUGGCAUUAGCAAGCCAGGAGUACGUAGAUUGCUAGAUGCUGUGAGAAAGAAAAAGCUGCAACUCUGGAAUCGCAAAUUUUGGAACAAACUGUUUGGUUCGUCCUCAAGUUCGAUAUCUAGAGAAAAGACCGAUUUAGCUUUGAAACCUGCUGCUGAAGAGGAGACAAGGACAACAUGCAUAAUUUUAGAAAAAGAUAUAAUAUUGCAUAAUGAACUAGGCAAUGGGUCAUUUGGAGUAGUAAAAAGAGGUGAAUGGAAGGUUUCAAGCCAAGGGGCUCAACCUGUACCUGUAGCAGUAAAAGUAUUGAAAGCAGAUGCAUUCUCACAGCCCGGCAUUUAUGAUGAUUUUCGGCGAGAAGUUGAGGCUAUGCAUAGUUUGAAGCACCCGAAUUUGAUCAAACUUCAUGGGGUAGUGUUUCAUCCUCUGAUGAUGGUGUGUGAGCUUGCUCCUAUGGGAGCUUUAUUGGACUAUCUAAGAGCUCAAAAUGGCAAAGUGUCAUUGAACUUCAUAUCAAAAUGGGCAGCCCAGGUGGCAGCUGGUAUGGCACACCUGGAAAAAAAUAGAUUCCUUCACAGAGAUCUGGCCUGCAGAAAUAUAUUGCUCUCUACUUUAGAACUGGUAAAAAUCGGCGACUUCGGUCUUAUGCGUGCGUUACCUGACGCUGACGAUUGCUACGUGAUGAACGAACGGCGACGCGUUCCGUUCCCGUGGUGUGCGCCUGAGUCGCUGCGCACGCGACAGUUUUCGCACGCGUCAGAUGUCUGGAUGUUUGCUGUCGCGCUGUGGGAGAUGUACACCUUUGGGGAGGAGCCUUGGAUGGGGUUGAACGGCUCAGAGAUCCUGCGCCUCAUAAUGCGCGAGGGUCAACGGCUAAGAGCGCCCAACGCCUGCCCGCCCGAUGUCUAUAUGCUCAUGAUGCAGUGCUGGGACCUCAACCCUAAGGAGAGGCCGACUUUCGCCGGCAUCAUGCGGUAUAUGGACACGAAUAAGUCUGAGACGGCCAUUGCAGCUCUUAGUUACCGAAGACAAGGUCAAAUGACCAUAGAGUCAGGAGACGCGAUAGUUCUCAUAGACAAGAGACAAGAGCUGCACUGGUGGAAAGGGCAGAACCAACGGACAUUGGAAGUCGGACUUUUUCCCAGCACUUUAGUGGCGUCAGGGAAGAGCAAGCACACUCCGACGAGCAAAAAGCCACAAACGGACUCUCCCGUGCGUAAAGCAUCAACAAAUUCAACAGCAUCAAUAACACCCAACGGUUCGUCGGACGACUUGGAGGUGGUCUUACGCAAGCGGCGCACAAUCGAAUCCACGCAGCCUUCUUCGACGCGCGGCGGCAACACUGGGAGCAAACACUUCAACUACAAUAAGCUGGUCAACGAUAGAGCGCUUGGAGGGUUAAGACUGACACGCUCUGCCAGAGAUGCGUACUCUAGGAGUUUGAACCAAGUCAAAGAAGAUCUUUUAAUUGAUUUGGAUCUUCCGCCAUCUACGAAACUGUCAUCACCCACGAAGAAACCUGUGAGCCAGAACGUGUCCUUAUUGGACGAGCCUAUUGAUGUUCCCGAAAUAGGUCACGAAGCCAGUUGGGGUGAGCCAAGCAUCGAAAGUCUUCCGUGCUAUACCUCCAGCCAAAGCGGGCCUCACUGCCCGAAUCUCUACGGUGCUAAGUCCUUAGAUAACCUAGCCCUGCCUAGCAGCAGCCAUCUGUCCCUAGCGCAGCCCGAUCCCUUCGACACCUCACAGUUCUGGCCCGCGCAAGGUACCAGCAGACCAAACUACGAUAGACAUCCCUACACCAACCAAACCGCCAACGAAUCUCAACGAUACUCAACCAAUAGCUUUACGACAUCGUCCACCUCAGAUAGCACCAACAUUUAUAACAACAUGACGUCCAACAACAGAAACAACUCUCUCCCAAACACGUCCGCAUACGGGACCAUUCCCGGUACGUAUGCGAACAGCAACGCUCUCUCUCUAGAAAGAAACGUCAACGAAUCAACCGUCGUCUCGUCCUUAGCGGAUAUGUCGCUGGACGACCGAAUCUCCGAAUCCUUGAAUCUCAGAUCUAAGAACACAAACAGUGAAAACAUUUACUCGAAUAGCGACGUGUACGCCGACGCGCGAUCUACGUCCGUUACUGGCGCCAGUAACGCGGCCAACGAUAGGUACAAAGACAUUCCCAUCUACAACAACUUCGAGAUGAAUCCCGCUCAGGAGACGUUCAUCCUGGAGACGAAGGACUACUACACGAAGCUGUCGACGCCGACCGGCGCGAAGACGAGAAACGACUACGAGAAAAACAUUUACGUGCCGAAGUACGAAGACGAGGUUGAAAAACUGCAGAAUUUCAGCGAUUCGAUGGAGAAUUCGAAGAAUUACUCCGCAUUAAAAUAUCAGAACGUAGAUUACAGUAAUUAUGCAGCGUAUGGAGGCAACUAUGGGGGCAGUGUUGCGUCUACCUCCCGAGGUGAGGUGACCUACGAUGAAGUGAACGACACCGCGAGCAACUUCUACAGCGAGAUCGGGGAAGCGAGCAACCAAGGCAUUUACAGUAGAAAUAUGAAUUCUAGUUUGUACGACGAAGUGUACGAAGAAUCAGUACCGAGACCGCAUCGCCCAGCUCCGCCGUGCCCCUCGAAACCAAAAUAGUAUAAUCUAAAUCAGUUUCAAUAUUAGUGUGAUGAUUUUAGUGCAAAAAUGGUUACCUAAAUUUUGUAAUUUUUGUGCCUUUUAACGCAUAUUUGCCGUUUGCAGUGAGAUUUUAAUUCUAUAGUUAUGAAAGCAUUAUUGCAACAUUAGCAAACAUUACCAUUUUCAAAUUUUUACUUUGAUUUUUUGACGUAUUAUUGGUAGUUUAGUUAGCAAUUUAGACUGCGUUUUACAAGACUUAUUUGCCUCGAAUUUUGGCUUAUUAAUUUUAGUUAAAAGUCAUGGCGAAACCAGUGCUGGUGGUUUAAUUUUGUGAUAUUAUAAACCUACUUAAAAAAGGAGGUUCUCAAUUUGACGCGUAAUAAUAAUUAGGUAAAUAUUGUUUAACAAUAUGCAUAUUGAUGUUCUUUUCGAAUUUUCAGCUAUUUCGUAUAUGACGUAUUUUGUGUAAUGCUUGAUUAGUUUUAUCAUAUUUUGUUUAGUCUAAGUCAAAAUAAGCAAUUUUUACAUUAUUUACUAAAUUAAGGUUUAUUUAAAGUUUAACUGAUUUACACAAACUCGAAUCUUUAGUGCUAAUAUAAAUAAUAGAAUAGUAAAAGAUACUCGGUCAAACAUCACAUGGUGCCUCGUUAUUUUGUACCUGUUAGAUUAAUUAUGUGCUCAGUCAAUAUUCUUCAUCACAUUUAUGGCCGAAACCCACCGGAGCUGUCAUCAUCAUCAUCAUCACUUCAGCCAAUGAUAGUGCACUGCCGAAGAAGCUCCAAAGAGCGAGAUAUUUCUCUUAACCCUGGGCUAUACAUAUCACGAUAACCCAUAGAAACGUGCUAUCGAUGUGUGUAGCCAAGUAUCCCCGUAUACCUACUACAGAUCCGGUGCGUUACGAGUCCUAAUAAGAAUUGUAAUAAAUCCACCAUCAAUGCAAUUUUUUUAUCUUGCCCGACUUGCGUAACAAAAAUGUAUAAAUGUAUAUAGAUUUGAUUAACACUUUCAUAACACUAUGUUUAAAGUUGAUAUUGUUAACAUAUUUUACUACACAUAAUUGAAUAUGCAAGUAUGUAUGUAUAUAUUUUUGUAUUAUUAAUAAAUGGAUGGAUAAACAAUUCUAAAGGUAAGCAAACGGUCAUUCGCUUUUUGUGCUAAAUGUACAUAAGGGCUUAUGAUAAUUAUCUCUACGUAAAGUCAUAUCACUUACAUUUUUCGUAUUUUAUUAUUGUUCACUUAUUUUUGUCGUGCACUAGUGAAAGAGACAGCGCUCUAUGAGCUCGUUCUGUAAUGUUAAAUGUCUCUUUCUAAGUUUCUUUGUAACAUUUUUAAGAUGUUUCGGAUAUUAUGGCUGCUUAUUUACAUACCUUUUUUACUUCUCUUGAGUGUUAGGUUUAGUUAUUUAAAAAACUCAGUGCUUUUACAUUAUGUAAUAAUACUUUUUAAGUUUUGUCGAACAUAUCACUUAGAUUUUUUUAUAGGUAUGGUAAAUUAAACGAAUUGGUGAAACCACCCAGCUGUGCAAACAGGUAAAUAUGGCAAUUGAACAAACCUUUUAUCAUUUACUUAUGUUUUAUGGUUUAUUGUGUUUUAUUCUAAACUUAAUUAUAUUGCUGGCCACCCUGUAAUUUUAAUCGUCAUUGCUGACAAAAGUUACACACGCGAAUUUUUAUGGAAAUGUAUAAAAGGGUGUACAGCACUCGUGUAGCGUUUAUUAGAAAACAAACUGUUAUGAUUAUUGAUGAUUGUUAUGAUUAUUAUGGAAAGUCUACAUAUUCAAAGAUGUCCAAAAUAUUUAGAUCUACCUGAGGUUGAAUUGAAUCUAUUCUCCUAUAUCGUUUCAUAGGACUUUAUGUCCAAUCUUUCUUGUU